AUGCUUUUAAAUAUCUUGACCAUCUAUCAAGCCCAUUUAUUCUCAUCAAAUCUUAUGAAUACUGAACUUUUGCUACUAGAUGAGUUUACCUUUUAAAUGUUUAGAUAUGAUUCAUCCUUUACUGAGAUACUGGGAGCUUCAUUCUCUUUGGAUCUAUUUGUUGAUAGUUCAGGUGUGUCGUCUCUGACACUAUUAUUUAGAAACUAUCCAAUAUCAUGGUAUGGAAUUGUUGAUGCAAUUUUGGAUGUCAAUAGCUAGAUAAGUUUGGCAAGCAUUUUAUUAUAAAAAGCUUCCUGUUUUCUAGAAGCAGCCUCAAAGAAAAGGUUGGAAUAAUCAAAUAAAAUAAUUAUAGGCUCAGUAGUAAAAUAACCAACUGUGACAAAAUCGAAUAUAGAAAAGUUCAAAUCUACAACAGAGACGGUGAAAUCACUAUAGAAAAAAGAAGUUGCUGUAAGAUUGACAAAUAAGCAAUAAAAAGCAAUGGAAGAUAAAAUCAAGAAGGAUAUAACUAGAUUAAUGAAAGAGUAUGACUUAAAAGAACAGCAAGAAAAGAAUAUACAAAGAGAAGGAUUAAUUCUUCAAUCUUAAAAUAGUCAGAUAUCGUAAACAACUCAAGAUACUCUCUAACAAGAUGAAGUAAAUGAUUAAUAACUGGAGAUUUAAUAUACCAAAGAAAUGAUGGAAGCCUGUCAAGAAUGUAAUAUGUUUAAGUUCAGAUAAUGCCUUAAAUAAAAAGACAAAAUAUACCUCUACUACACUGAUGAAAAAGGUAACAGUUUCUUGCAUGUCUUGUGUGUAAAACCUGAGAAAGAAUCUUUCUACAUUGUAGAAAAGUUUUUAGACUAAUUUAGAUUCCACCUGGAUAUUAAAAAUAAACAAGGACUGACUCCCGUAUUUUUAGCUGCAAUUAACAGAAAUCAUAAAAUAGUAGAAUUUUUGAUAUCUAAGAAGGCAAAUUUGGUUGUUUAUGACAGAGAAAACAAAAGUAUGCUGCAUCACGCUAUAAUAAACUCUGAUUUCAAUCUAUCUAGUUUAUUGUUCAAGUAUGAUUAGUUCUACAGAAAGCCAAAGCUGAUGGAAAUUGGAGAAGAUGUUUGGCGAAGUCCAUUUGAAAUUGCAGUUCAGGAAUUUAAAUUUUGGGCUAUUGAUAAAAUUUAUGCCAAUUACUAGAAAGAGUGCCUGCUAUAAUUAUACGAGAAGAGAAAAGAUGAAGAAUUCAUGGCUAAAUGGAAUUCCUACUUAAUAUGGGCUUCAUAUGUGCCAUUGUUAUAUGUAUGGAGUAAAAAAACUCACAAUAUCUCAAAGAUUCCUAACUACAUACUUAAAGAGAUCAUCAAGUAUUACUGA